UCUACUUGAAUGAUUCCAAAACACGUACGUCAAAAAAUUAAAAUAUAAGUCCAAUAUCCAAUAUCUGCUUUCUACUAGUACUAUUCUAAAGAAUUAGCAAUAGGGCCAAUAGCACCCCACAAAUGAAUCAAGAUCUUGAAACUCCAUUAAUUUCAAAUGAAGUUCAAGAAAAUAAUAAUGCCAAUAACGUUAUUUUUGACGGUCCAAAUAUAAAUAGUAAGAGUAGUGAAAGUUUAUUAUUAAGAAAAAAUGAGAUAUUGAGUGAAGUGAAGAAGCAGUUAGUGUUAGCAGGGCCUCUUAUGGCUGUCAACUUCUUGCUGUUUUCUUUACAAGUUGUAUCAGUUAUGUUUGUUGGUCAUCUUGGUGAGCUCCCUCUUUCCGGUGCUUCCGUUGCCACCUCUUUCGCCUCUGUCACCGGUUUCAGCUUGCUGAGAGGAAUGGCAUAUGCCUUAGACACAUUUUGUGGUCAAUCAUAUGGAGCAAAGCAAUACAAAAUGCUAGGAAUACACAAGCAAAGAGCAAUGGUAGUUAUCCUCUGCAUCAGCAUUCCUCUUGCAAUUAUCUGGGGAAAUACAGGACAAAUUCUUGCAUUUUUAGGCCAAGAUGAAGAAAUCUCAACUGAAGCAGGAAUUUAUGCACAUUACAUGAUUCCGAGUAUAUUUGCAUAUGGUCUUCUUCAAUGUCACAUUGGAUUUCUACAAGCUCAAAACAUUGUUGUUCCUAUGAUGCUUACUACAGGGUUUACAACUCUGUUGCAUGUUGUUAUCUGUUGGUUUAUGGUGUUCAAGUCUGGACUAGGCAACCGAGGGGCGGCAUUGUCGAACGCCAUAUCGUAUUGGAUUAAUGUGGUGUUGUUGGGUGUUUAUGUGAGGGUGUCUCCUGCUUGUAAAGAGACAUGGACUGGUUUCUCAAUGGACGCUUUUCAUGACAUUCCAGAGUUUCUUAGACUUGCUGUUCCUUCUGCUGUUAUGUCAUGCUUGGAAGUAUGGACAUUUGAGAUGAUGGUUCUACUAGCUGGUUUUCUUCCAAACCCAAAGCUUGAAACAUCUGUUCUCUCAAUCAGUCUCAACACAUGUACAUCAAUAUACAUGUUACCACUAGGAUUAAGUGGAGCAAUAAGUACAAGGGUUUCCAAUGAAUUGGGGGCCGGACGACCGCAUUUAGCUCGAUUGGCGGUAUGUGUUUCGACGUUGAUGGUAGGGGUAGAAGGGAUUUCAGCAGCAUUUUUGUUGAUCUUGGGGCACAAUGUUUGGGGAUAUUGUUAUAGCACAGAAGAAGAGGUAGUGAAAUAUGUUGGACAAAUGAUGCUUCUUCUUUCAGUUUCACAUUUUUUUGAUGGCGUUCAAUCUGUGCUUUCAGGCACGGCUAGAGGAUGUGGUUGGCAAAAAAUUGGAGCUUACAUCAAUUUGGGAGCUUAUUACCUACUAGGCAUUCCUUGUGCCUUGUUGCUAGCAUUUGUGUAUCACUUUCGAGGCAAGGGACUAUGGGCAGGAAUUAUAUUGGCCUUAGUCGUCCAAUCUUUUUUUCUCCUACUCAUAACAUUACGUACCAAUUGGGACAAAGAGGCAAAGAAGGCCAAAGAUAGGAUGUGUAAUUUAACAGUGAAUUAAGGGCAUUUUACCAAACAUCAUUUUGAUCUUAAUUGAUGUUUGCUUUUAAAAGAAGUGUCAUAAAGAUAUUGAACUAGAAACGAAAAA